GCGUGUAUGAAUGAGUGGGGGAGGGCAAAGACGCGCUCUAUCCAUCCAUAUCAAACCAAGGAGACCAGCCUCCCAAAUUGAGUGUGCAACCCGUGCGGUUCCAAUACUGAGUGAGGAGCAAAACAUUUUUUUAAGGCUUUUGAAAGAAAUUAUCGAUUUAAAACGAUAUGGUAAAAGGAGAGUGCGCGGAGCAAUAUUCCGCGUCAAGCCUGUUACGAAAAAAAACAAGAAGUCAAGAUGGAAUCAAAAUUGCCAAGCGGCGGGACGACAGCGGCCGUCUAUCAGUGUGCAGUAAGUUGUGCUAUGCCAUUGGAGGGGCUCCCUAUCAGAUCACUGGCAGUGCUCUGGGCUUCUUCCUCCAGAUCUACCUGCUGGAUGUGGCCCAGCUGGACCCAUUCUAUGCCUCUAUCAUUUUGUUUGUGGGCCGGGCCUGGGAUGCAGUGACAGACCCAACGGUGGGCUUCCUGGUGAGCCGGAGCAGAUGGACCCGGUGUGGCCGGAUGAUGCCCUGGAUCCUCAUCUCCACUCCCUUUGCAGUACUCACGUACUUCCUGAUCUGGUAUGUCCCUCCAGUGGAGCAGUGGAAGGUCCUGUGGUAUCUGAUCUUCUACUGCCUAUUCCAGUCUCUGCAGACGUGCUUCCAUGUGCCAUACUCAGCGCUCACCAUGUUCAUCAGCGUGGACCAGAAAGAGAGGGACUCUGCCACGGCCUACCGUAUGACGGUGGAGGUGCUGGGCACGGUGGUUGGCACAGCGAUCCAGGGGCAGAUUGUGGGUGGGGCGAUCGCCCCCUGUCUCCCGGGUGACCUGGAUGUCCUUGACAACAGUAACACCACACUGCUGGGGUCAGACGUCAACAUCUCCCACAUAUCCCUGGAUGAAACGAAACGAGCCUACCUCAUCGCCUCAGCAGUCAUCUGUGUCAUCUACGUUCUCUGUGCAGCAGUCCUGUUCCUGGGAGUCAGAGAGCAGGAAGAGUGUGGGCGUCUGAAGACAGAGCCCAUGUCGUUCUUUGAGGGCAUGAGGAUGGUGAUGGGAUAUGGGCCGUAUGUCAAACUGGUCAUGGGAUUCCUCUUCACGUCGCUGGCCUUCAUGCUCCUGGAGGGGAACUUUGCCCUGUUCAUCAGCUACACCAUGGGCUUCAGAAAUGACUUCCAGAACAUUCUCCUGGUCAUUAUGCUCUCUGGGACUUUGUCCAUUCCGUUCUGGCAAUGGUUCCUGACCAGAUUUGGGAAGAAGACUGCAGUCUACAUUGGCAUCACGUGGGCAGUGCCCUUCAUGAUCCUGAUCGUCUGCAUUGAGAGCAGUCUGAUUGUGGCCUAUGUGGUCUCUGUGGCAGCAGGAGUCAGUGUGGCUGCAGCUUUCCUCCUACCCUGGUCAAUGCUCCCAGAUGUGGUGGAUGAUUUCAAAGUGAAGAAUCCAGACUCUAGUGGCCACGAGGCCAUUUUCUACUCUUUCUAUGUCUUCUUCACCAAGUUUGCCUCAGGAAUCUCUCUCGGCAUCUCCACUCUCAGUCUCGACUUUGCCGGCUAUGUGACAAGAGGCUGCUCGCAACCUGAUGCAGUGAAUUUAACCCUGAAGGUGCUGGUCUCAGCUGCUCCUGUUGUUCUGAUAUUCCUAGGGCUGUUGAUAUUCAAGACCUACCCCAUCGAUGAGGAGAGGAGGCAAGGCAACAGGAAACUACUGCAGGAGAUGCGGGUCAGCAAUCAGGAUUCCGAUACAGAGUCCACAGAGCUUGGGAGCGUUGUGUAGGAGUCCUGGGAGAGGAGCCGAAAGGCCACAACUGUCCCGCGUGUUUGCACUGGCAGGCUGGAGUGUUUGGGUUUAAUUGGAACUAACAGUAGAAAAACCAGAUGACACUGUGGCUGCUUCCUACCUGUUGCUACAUGAACGCAAUGGCCCUAGUCUCCAAAGGAUUCAACAGGCUUACAGAGACCCCUAUUGUCCAGUCUGAGUCAUCGCUCUCUGUGCCCUGUCUAUUGCGUGCUGUACUAUGUAUUUGUGGUGUUGGUUUAUGUGUCUGUUUGCAUUACAAACAUUGGUUUGGGAUUUUUUUUUGGGGGGGGGAGGGUGGGGCAUUUACCCUUCAAAUCUAACAUUUUAAUGAUUUGUCUACCUGAACCAAGUAUUAGUUCAAAGGGGGGGGGGGAGCCUUUCUCAGCAGAGGAAAAAAGAUUUUCCAUCCAGAAAGGAUGGUCCUCAUAGAGGGAAGAUUUCGGUCCUAAUUUUUAGGGCAUACCAGUAGCUUGUUCUAUCUAGACUGUUUAUGGUUACGUUUUAAUGUAAAUCCUUUUCACUUAUCGUGAGAGUAAUAGCCUUCUUUAGGGACGUGGAGAGCACAUAACUGUUCCAUUUCGGACAAUCUGAUCCAUUCACUGGAAUUAUAUUGGUGUCUUGUGGGGAAAAGGAAACGCUAACCUUAAUGAACUCAUUAACAUUGCCAAUGAUGUCUGGAUUUCAGACUUACUGUAUCUAGGCUAGCUGAAUUCCACCUUAUUAUUACUGUCUUAACACAUCUUGUACUUUGGAAACCUUGUAAUUGCAAUGAGAUUUUCUGUAUAAGUUUUUACUAAAUUAUAUUUGGUCAAAGUUGUUUCUCUCACACGGUGAAGACUUCCCUUUUUUAAAAGUUGACUUGAGCAUGAACAGUCCAACUUCGCCAUUGGCAUGCUGACUGCAGAAAUGUCCAACAGAGCUGUUGCCAGAGUAUUUAAUGUUAUUUUCUCUACCAUACACCGCCUCCAAUGUUAUUCGAGCAUUUCAUAUGAAAUCCAUAGAUUAGGGCCAAAUUAAUUUAUAACAGUUGACUUAUUUCCUUAUAUGAACUGUGACUUAGUAAAAAUGUUGCAUUCAUAUUUCUGUUCAGUAUAGUUCGUCAGCUAAGCUAGCCACUUUAGCUAGAAUGGGAACUCGGGAAAAACACAAGGUUAAAUCAUUCAAUCUCGGGAACUCGGGCCUUCAGGUUGGAAAGUCGGAGCUCUAGAAAGAGGCCCGAGUUUGAAUUCUGAGUUGGAUGACCACUCAAAUCGGUGUUUUUUUUUUCUUUUUUUUCCCAGUCAGCCCUUUUUUUUAAAUUUUUAUUAUUCCCCGUUUUGAAUGCACUGAAGUCAGAAGUUUGAGAUUUGCGUUCAAAACAACUGGGAACUCAAAUCUCAAUCUCCAGUAUGUGUUGACAUUUCACAGGAUUAGUUUUUGGACAGAUGGGUAAGAAGUGGCAUCUCUGUAGCCAAUAUCUUAUAAAAAUAUGUUUCUUUUUAAGCAUUAAAUGACCUGGUAUCAUAAUGCAUUGAUAUACAGUUUUUCUCCCAAAGUCACCCUUUAAAAAGUAGAACCGUUCUUGGAGAGUGGGAAAGCUUUCUAACGAGUUUGAGUUGACGAUCUCACGUCUAACUUAAUGUUUGAUGCCUUCAACUGAAUGGAGAGAUUAGAGCCUAAUAGCACAGCAUUUUCACUAUUUAUUAAAACUAGUUGUGUUAAAGAAGGCACACGCAUUACUAAUUUGGCACAUUACAUAAUCUGUACACAGUUGUCUGUGAAUAUGGAUGUGCGCAUUUUUGUAUAGACAAGUUUAUUUGGCUAUGGGUGUAUACAACAUGCAUGUGUGUUGUAUGAUAAUCUGAAUUAUGUGACUUUUAUCACAAGGUAAUGGGCUGUUUUUUUUUUUUUUUUUGUGUAUUUAAAGUCUUAACUUGUUUACCUAUUUAGAAGUAUUGUCAGAUCUGUCAGUUGAAGCUGUGUCCUGAUCUUGUGAAUGGUUUGUGUUGUGUGUAAUGUGACAAUUCAUUUGAUUGUAUUUAUACUUGUAUGAAUCUUUGAGCAGACCCAAGCCAAGUUUUCUAUUUAUCAGCAGUGUUGGGAAAUGAAUCUGAAAUAUAGAUCACUCUGCAGUCAGAUGUUAACAUAAUGUAUCAUUUUGCCUAUUAAAUAUACAAACUAUGUUUCAAGUGAGAA